UUGGAGGCUGUUUGAAGCUGUGUUGUCGUGUGACUCGUUUCUCUCAGAGGAAUGAGUGAGUUCAAUGAGGAACAAUGAGUUCAGUUCAGGCUUUGAGAGAGUUUAUCAAGCAACGACUAACUGCUGCUGCUGGAGAAAUGUGAACAAACUGUGGUUCAGUAAGAAGUGGAAACCUCCAGUCAAAUCUCACAGAGCAGGUUAGUAAAAGAGUGAAUGAAGACAAGCAGGCAGGCAGAACCGGCUUGGAUCCGACCCAGACGAGGACGCUCCACUGUCAUCAGGCCCCAGAGAGGACACCGGGGUGGAGGAGCCAGGAGCCGAGCAGCAGAUCAACGAUUUGUGGGGGUAGCGAGCGGCCCUGCGGAGCGGCAGCGAGCUUCGGAGACGGAGCCGGUGUAUCGUGCUCCUGCUUGAGGAAGUGUGACGACUGGAUACUGGAAGCGAAAUCGAGGAUGCUUGUCGAUCUCCCACAGAACCACAACUGUAGAGAGGAGCAGCUCUUUAAACGGGAACCAAGCUGCUGUCGAGAGCAGGGAGAACCAGAACCUCCACAGAUCAAAGAGGAACCAGCAGAACCAGAACCUCCACAGAUCAAAGAGGAACCAGAAGAACCAGAACCUCCACAGGUCAAAGAGGAACCAGAAGAACCAGAACCUCCACAGAUCAAAGAGGAACUAGAACCUCCAGAGAUUGAGGAAAACAAUGAACUGGGUAUCAACCAGGAUGCAGAGCAGCUUCCACUGAAGUUUGAAAGUAUUGAGGAACAAAAUUACCUGAGUGAACUAGAAGUUCCGGACCCUAAUCAGUUCCUCUUUUUUGACUCUGAAGUCCACGAUGUCAAGAAACAUAUUGGCUCAGAAUCAACGAUAAAUAAAAAGCUUAAAAAAAACCCCAGCGUAUUUCAUAGUGAGCAUGUGGGAAACUUUCCUGUGUCAGAGAAGCAGGCUGAAUGUGGAAAGCUUCUCUGUCAGGAAACAUCUGCUGACACUGUCCUUAAAAAACGUAAAAAAUGUCACAACUUAGAAACUAUCACUGAUAAGAAGAAAGUUUGUGAAACCUUUUGUGAAAGUUUCAACCAAAAGAAUGAUUUGUUGGUCCACAAGAAAACUCACACAGGUGAGAAGCCUUAUUCCUGUGAAACAUGUGGGAAAAAUUUCAGGAAGCAAAACUAUUUGUUGGUCCACUUGAGAACUCACACAGGUGAGAGGCCGUAUUCUUGUGAAACAUGUGGGAAAAAUUUCAGUCAACAGGGUCAUUUAUUGACCCACAAGAAAACUCACACAGGUGAGAAGCCACAUUCUUGUGAAGCAUGUGGGAAACGUUUCAGUCGUUGGAGUAAUUUUUUGGACCACAUGAGAAUUCACACAGGUGAGAAGCCGUAUUCUUGUGAAACAUGUGGGAAAAAUUUCAGUCAACGGAGUCAUUUAUUGACCCACAAGAAAACUCACACAGGUGAGAAGCCACAUUCUUGCGAAACAUGUGGAAAAUGUUUCAGUUACCGGACUCAUAAGUCGCGCCACAUGAGAACUCACACAGGUGAGAAGCCAUUUUCUUGUGAAAUGUGUGGAAAGUGUUUCAGUCGUCAAAGCAAUAAGUUGGUCCACAUGAGAACUCACACAGGUGAGAAGCCAUUUUUUUGUGAAACAUGUGGAAAGUGUUUCAGGCAUGAGAGUUAUAAGUUGGUCCAUGUGAGAAUUCACACUGGUGAGAAGCCAUAUUCUUGUGAGAUGUGUGGAAAAAGUUUCAGUCACCCCUCUGGUUUUAGACAACACAAGAAAACUCACACAGGUGAGAAGCCGCAUUCCUGUGAAACAUGUGGGAGAUGUUUCAGUAGUCGGACUGAUUUAUUGAUCCACAUGAGAAUUCACACAGGUGAGAAGCCGUAUUCUUGUGAAACGUGGCAAAAGUUUCAGUAACCCCUCUACUUUUAGACUACACAUUAGAACUCAUACAGGUGAGAAGCCAUAUUCUUGUGAAACGUGUGGGAAAUGUUUCACCAGACAGAGUAAUAAGUCGAUCCACAUGAGAACUCACACUGGUUCACA